UUUGAGCUGGGGUGAGGCAUGGAGCAUUGUUCCGCACGUGCCUAGAGAAGACGCUUCUGAGUCCUUGCAUGCUAACGAGCUCAGAGAAACUCAUCCCGCCUGAAAUUGCAGAUUUUGAAUGUCGAAGCUUCUUGGUCAGAUGGAGUCGGACGAGGACGCUUUCUGCUCUUGGAAUCCGCUCUGAUGCGCGUUCCCGGCUGUCGACCUCGAGCCAGGGCCGAACAGGGCUCCUAGUGGAAUGUGACUUGUUAGCUGGAUGUAAUUCAGUCACGAAGAGUGGAGCUCAUCCUGAUGGGGCCUCAGAUUUCUGAAUUCUGCUGAUGGAUGCAUCGGUAGACUAAUUUAUGGUUUAGACAUCGAGCCAUGGCUGCUCCGUUGCUUCGGCGCUCAAGUCGCCUCGCUGCUGCUGCAUCUGCAGUUGCAUCUUCCAAACCAGAACGAGUAGUGUCAUCGCUGAAGCCUAAGAAAGCCUCUGCAUCGUUUGUCAAAAAGUCCGGUAACGGCGCAAAGAAGGUGACAGAAGAAGAUGAUUCUCGGAGCGGGAAUUCGCUCAGAAAUGACUCUCGAGAAGCGGAUCAUGCAGUUCUUCCUGUUCUCAAAGUGGAAACUGCGAUCAAGCCGCAUCACAAGGAAGGGAAAUUGAAAAAAAAGAUGCCCAGUCGGGAAAUGGAGGCUCAAUUGUGGGACAUGGGAUUUCAACAUGUAGCUGGAGUGGAUGAGGCGGGAAGGGGUCCGCUGGCCGGUCCUGUGGUCGCUGCUGCCUGUAUUAUCCCUUCCUCUGUAAAUAUCGAAGGUAUCGAUGAUAGCAAGAAGUUGACUGAAGCUAAAAGGGAGGAAUUGUACGAAAAGAUUACUUCAACACCUGGUAUCAGCUACGCUAUUCACGUCGUAGAUGCCGCCAUUAUCGACGAAGUGAACAUCCUUCAGGCAACGAUGCAAGCAAUGUCAGCAUGCGUGCAAGUUCUCUCAUGUGCAUCACAAGAAAAUCCGAGGCCAGACUUUAUUCUGGUGGAUGGGAACAGGCUUCCAGAUGGGUUUCCAGAGAACUCUCGAAGCGUAGUGAAGGGAGAUGCCGUGUGUCAAGUUAUCGCUGCAGCUUCUAUUCUGGCGAAAGUAACUCGCGAUCGCCUCAUGCUUUCUUACGACAAGACAUGGCCAAAUUACGGAUUCAAAGCUCACAAAGGUUAUGGUACAGCCACACACAUGGCAGCAUUGCUAAAAUAUGGUCCUUGCGACAUUCAUCGACGAUCUUUUGCUCCUCUAAAAGGCCAACGACCAAAGACUAGCGACACCUUGUAGACACUCCUCUGCUGCUUUUGAGUCCUGCUUCUCGUUAUAUCACGACUACUGCCUCCAACUUUCAUACUUCUUCAUAAGUUUAUCCGGAGAGCUAUUGAAGGUUGGUGCUGAAGGCACUCCAUCAGUAGUUGCGGUAGCCUACUGUCAGGUCUACCUUCAGAGUACUUGAGCCGUAAACGAAUCGUAUAACCUGCGCAUCAGACGACAAAUUUUUGAAGUACUCAUCGGAUUAAGUAUUCAGAUCUCGCAGUUUUGUUCCUCGAAUAUGCCGCAUGCGUAUGUAAGUUCUUAUCAUCAAACAUUCCUUCAUAUCUCGGGGAGGACUGCGUUUGGAUGAUGCAGAAUAGAAGCGUGCAACUAUUAUAACUAAGAGUUGCUCGUAUUUGCCAUGAGCGACAUGCUCGAGGUAUGAAUUUGCAUAGUUAAAUCAGUGUGGAAGUCAAAUAAAAAGCGGCCACUAAAAUGUGGAUUCCACCGAGCAAAGCUGCUGUGACCUGAAGAUCUAUGAGUAAACCGAACCUCGGC